CCGUCUCGCUCAUUGGUGUUGCUUGAAGAGGGUGGGGAGCGUCCGCGUACCAAUUGGGGACAGGAGAGAUGGCUCCCCGCCCUUGGAGCGUCACCGGAGCGCGCGUGCGCAAGGCCACAAGGCGCUCUUGAUUGGCGGGGCGGCGCUGACAGUUGUGUGUAUGGGGGUGGGGAGGCGAGUGGGUGAAGGGAGGGAGUGUAAAUAGAGCGAAGGCGGUUUCGCCGCCGUGCUGCCGCCGCCGAGCGAUCCUCGAGGAGGCCAGGUGGAGAUGGAAGACGAGCAGGAGCAGCGACGCAGGAAGGUGGAGGCUGGGAGAGCCAAGCUUGCUAGCUUCCGACAGAGAAAAACAAAAGGUGACAGUCCGAAUCCGAAGAAAAAGACGGCGAAGAGGAAGGGCUCGGCUGUCCAUGCGUCUGUCCAGGAGGCGGCUUCGGUAGCCGCACCCAACAGCGAGCUCCCCCGAGGGGCGACUGUCUUUGAAAGCCAGGCAUGCAGCAACACCCUGGACGGGACCGGAGGGGCGUCUGCAGCUCAGGAACAAGAAGACUGUGACCUGGAUGUGACUGACCUGCAGGGACAGCAGCAGCCACAGCCACAGCCACCCCAGACAGCCCACAGCCUUGAACUAGAAGCACUCCGCCUGAGCCUGAACAACAUGCAUACCGCACAGCUGGAGCUGAUGCAGGCCAACCUGCAGAAGGAAAAGGAGACCGCGCUGACGGAGCUGCGGGAAAUGCUCAAUGGCCGGCGGGCUCAGGAGCUGGCGCUGCUGCAGAGCAGGCAGCAGUGCGAACUGGAGCUGAUGCGAGAGCAGCACGCCCGCGAGAAGGAGGCGAUGGAGCUCCGCAGCGGGCAAGAGACAGCUGAGCUGAAGGAGAAGUUACGUUUAGAAAUGGAGAAAAACGUCCAGAUGAUCGAGACUCUGAAGCAAGAUUGGGAGUCUGAAAGAGAGUUAUGUUUGGAAAAUCUCCGCAAAGAGUUGUCUGCAAAACAUCAGUCAGAAAUGGAGACUUUGCAAAACCAGUUUCAGAAGGAAUUGUCAGAACAGAAAGCUGAACUGGAGAAGAUUUUUCAGGCCAAACAUGAGGUUGAAGUUUCCCUGAAGAACCUGGAGGCUCAGCAUCAAGAAGCCAUCAAGAAGUUGCAAGAAGACCUGCAGUCAGAGCACUGCCAGUACUUACAAGAUUUAGAGCUGAAGUUCAGAGAAAAGGAAAAAGCAAAAGAGUUGGAGUUAGAGACUCUUCAGGCAUCCUAUGAAGACCUCAAGGCUCAGUCCCAAGAAGAGAUCAGACAACUGUGGUCCCAGCUUGAGUCUAUGAGAAGCAACCGAGAUUCAGUGAAUGGGUCGUGGGAGCCCCUGCUGGCCCAAGCAUCUCACCUGGAAGACCUGGAGCAUCUGCGGGCAGAUUUCUCUCAGCAGCAGCAGCAGCAAGAGAGAGCCCAGCAUGAGGCAGAGCUGGAGCACCUGAGGGUCUAUUUCGAGAAGAAGUUGAAGGACGCUGAGAAGACAUACCAAGAGGACCUGACGGUGUUCCAGCAACGGCUGCAGGAGGCCAGAGAGGACUCUCUGGAGUCUGCGGAAAUCAGUUCGUCCUGUAUGUUUCCAGAGGAGACAUCUGAGAGAGAAGGGAAGGAGCCGCCUCAUCCGCUCCAUCUUCAGCUUGAGCAACCGAAGGUCCAGGACAGUCUGGUUGAAGACUGUCAGGAGAAGCUCAGUAAAGCUGAGGAGAAGAUUCAGCAAAUGAAACAAGAGUUCCAAAAGAAGGAAGCUGAGUGGGAGCUCUCACGGGAAGACCUAAAGAGAGAAGCCGAAGACAGAUUAGCCUCCAUGUUUCUCGAGCUGCAAGAAAAGGCCGAGUCCGAGAAACUGUCCAUCAUCAACAGGUUCGAGCAGCGAGAGUCUAGCAUGAGGCACCUGCAGGACCAGCAGGCCGCCCAGAUCGUGGACCUGGAGAGAUCUCUGCUGGAGCAGCAGGGUCACCUGAGGCAGCUGGAAGAAGAACUCACCCGAGACGACACCCUGCCGUGUAGCCGCUGUGGCCAGGAGCCCUCUGUGGCCCAGGACGAGAAGAACGCCACGCUCCUGCGAGAGAAGGAAGACUGCGCCCUCCAGCUGCUGAUGGCCCAGAAUAGGUUUUUGGAAGAGCGGAAAGAGAUCAUGGAGAAGUUUGCCAAGGAGCAGGAUGCCUUUCUUCGAGAUGCCCAGGAGAAGCACAGCCUUGAGCUGCAGCUCCUGCAGCAGGGCCACCAGCAGCAGCUUCUGGCUCUGAGGGUGGAGCUUGAGACCAAGCACCACUCUGAGCUCUCGGAGCAGCUCGCCGCCUUGGAGAGCAAGCAGCAGUCGCUCCUUGAGACCCAGGUGGCCGAACUGCAGGUAACACACAACGCUGAAAUGAGCGCCUUGGAGAAGAGACACCGGUCAAAUCUGGACGAGUUAGAAUCCUGCUACGUGGCUGAUGUUCAGACCCUUCGGGACGAGCACAGACAGGCUUUGGAGCGCUUGCAAGUAGAGCUGGCAGAACAGCUCCGGAAAAGGGAUUCUUCUCACAGGGAGAUUUUGACGCAGGAGUUGGAAAAACUGAAACUCAAGCAUACCGAGGAGCUUCAGUCCGUAAGAGAUAGCUUAGGAGUCAACCUGAGUGCCCAACACAUGGAGAGCGGGAAAGGGCUGGCCGCUGACUUGCCAGGAGCACACCAGCAGAAGGACCAGGCCGUGGCUCUGCACAGCGAAGGUCACCUGCUGCAGGAAGAUGGUGGUGCAGCCUCGGGUAGUGAGGACGCUGAGGGCCUGCUGCGCCAAGCUGUGCCUCGUGACCUGGGAGACGCACACACAGCUGAAAUACCGAAGUCACAAGCAGAGGUGGCUGAACCUCGGGAGCUGCAGGUGUCACAGGACCAGGUUGCACAGGUGAGAGACAAGGUCUUCCUGCUGAGCCGGGAGUUGGAAGAGUGCCGAUCGGAGUUGGAGCAGCUGCAGCAGAGGCGGGAGCGGGAGAACCAGGAGGGCGCCACGCUGAUCUGCAUGCUCAGGGCUGACGUGGACCUGGCUCAGAGCGAGGGGAAAGCCCUCCGAGAUGCCCUGAGGAGACUCCUCGAUCUGUUUGGGGAAACACUGAAGGCAGCUGUGACCCUAAAGAGCCGGAUCAGUGAGCGUGCCGGGCUCCUCCUGGACCACGAGGAUGCGACAGAUGCAGGCGAUGCCCGGUUAGCAGCUGCAGCCCUUGGCAAUAUGUGGUCCGAUGAGGGUCUCCUGGAGAUAGACAGAACUUUGCCAGAAGGGGCCGAGACAUCUUCAGUGUGUGAAAUUAGCAGUCACGUGUGUGAGAGCUUCUUCAUCAGCCCCGAAAACACACUGGAGUGCGAGCAGCCGAUUAGGAGAGUCUUCCAGAGCCUCGGCACCGCUGUGGAGGGCCUCCUGGAGAUGGCCCUGGACUCCUCCAAACAGCUGGAGGAGGCUCGCCAGCUCCAUCGCUGUGUCGAGAGAGAGUUCCGUCACAGGAACGAGGAGGUGGCCCAGGCUGUGCAGAAGCAGCAGGAGCUUCUGGAGCGCUUGAGGGAGGAGAGCGUGGCCAAGGACGGGCUGGCACUGGAGUUGCACACGGCUGAGGGUCUCCUCGAAGGAUUCAAGGUGGAGAAAGCAGAUCUGCAGGAGGCACUGGGCAAAAAGGAGGAUUCGGAACGGCAGCUGAUCCUGGAGCUAGAGGAUCUGCGAAAGCAGCUGCAGCAGGCUGCCCGGGAGCUGCUCGCCCUGAAGGAGGAAAAUGCCGUCUUGUGGAACCAGAAGGAAACUUGCACUAAUGAAGCAAGAGAAAGAGAAGCUGCACUGCAGAAGGAGGUGGACUCUCUUACCAGAGACCAGUGGGAGUCCAGGAAGCAGUCUGAGAAGGAUCGUGCCACGCUGCUCUCUCAGAUGCGCGUCUUGGAGUCUGAGUUGGAGGACCAGCUUGUGCAGCACCGGGGCUGUGCCCAGCUGGCCGAGGAAGUGGCCACCCUGAAGCAGCAGCUGGCUGCCCUCGACAAGCACUUACGUAGCCAGCGGCAGUUCAUGGAUGAGCAGGCUGCCGAGCGCGAGCACGAGCGUGAGGAGUUCCAGCAGGAGAUCCAGAGGCUGGAGGGGCGGCUCCGCCAGGCAGCCCGGCCGCAGCCUGCCGGGGCCCGCGACAGCCAGUGCGGCCAGCCAGAUGAGGAGGUGGAAUUGUUACAAGAGAAAUUGAGAGAAAAAUUAGAUGGGUUUAAUGAAUUGGUCAUCAAGAAAGAUUUUGCCGAUCAACAGUUGUUAAUCCAAGAAGAAGAGAUUAAGCGUCUCGAGGAGACAAAUGCCAGCAUACAAAGACAAAUGGCCCAGCUCCAGGAGGAACUGGAAAAACAGAAAAAAAGCAUGGAAGAACUAAAGGAAAGAGAGAUUCUAAAGCAAGAGCGCACGGGCGGCUUACUGCUAACACCUGUAUUGCGGUCCAGGCUGGAUGAAGCUGGGUGUCUUAUGUUUUCUCAGGGCAGCUCUUCUAGGGGUCCGGAAGCCCAACUAGAUGUAAUGGAGAGGACACUCUUGCAGCACGAGAAUGAGGUUGCACACAGCAGAAACUCUGAGAUUGAAGAGCUGAGAGCCGUCAUCGAGAACUUGCAGGAAAACCAGAGGCAGCUGCAGAAGGACAAGGCCGAGGAAAUCGAGCAGCUCCACGAGGUCAUUGAGAAGCUGCAGCACGAGCUGAGCCUCAUGGGGCCCAAGGUGCACGAGGUCAGCGAUCCUCAGGCAGGCAGCCUCCACAGCGAGCUGUCCUGCCUCGGGGCGGAAGGCCUGGGCGCACAGGCGCUGCGGCAUGAGCUGCAGGCCGCGCAGGCCGCCAAGGAGGUCUUCGGGCAGCUCCUGGCAGACCAGGCGCACGGGCACAGCCAGGCUCUGGAGGCACUGCAGCGGCGCCUCCAGGACGCAGAGGAGGUGGCUGCAGGACACCUGGCUGAACUAGAGCGCCGUGUGGCCCUCAGAGAGGCUGAGGUGGAAGCCAUGGCCUCUCAGCUCCGAGAGUUCGAAGCUGCCCUGAAGGCAAAGGAGGCGAUCAUCUCGAAGAGAGAUUCCGAGAUGGACGCCGUGAACCAGUGGAAAGUAAGCCAUUCCCUGGAGCUGGAGGCCAUCCUUUUGGCUCUGGCUCACUUCCGCCAUGCUCUGGGACAGCAGACCCUUGUCACCCCAGGCCAGCCUCCCGAACUGCGGCAGCUGCGAAUGCAGUGCGCCCGCCUCAGCCACCAGCUACAAGCGCUGUACCGGCGUUUCCUCAAGUGCCAGCUGGACCGGCAUCAGCCUCAUAUAGGAUCCGUCGGCUGCGCAGAGGCACAGGCUGAACAUGAGGAGGAACUGGAACAGGAGGGAGUCAGCUGCGGGCUAGCCUUGGCUCCCCACAGCCGGGGCGCACAGGCUAAAGAACAACACCUGGAGGACUGUCUGGGCAAUGCCAGUCUCCUAGCCCGGGCCAGACAGCUUCAGGAGGAGCUGGACCAUCGGGUGCAUUCCGUGGACUCCAGGGACACCAGCAUGGAAACUUCUGGAUUACAGCAGCCAGACCUGUCGGAAAAUGGGUCAAGUGAUCGUUGUCAUAAUGGUGGCGCGAGUAAGCCGUCGCCUCCCGAUGAUGUGCUUGAUACUGCUAAAACCACGUGGGAUGUAAUUGAUAUUAUUAAAAAUCAGGAUUUGUUGGUCCAAAUUGAAAUGCCAGAUUUCCCCACUCAAGAAAAGUUAACAUCACAAGGUGGACCUUUCUCCUCCCAAUCCGCGGUGCACCGUGACUCCCUCCUCACUGAGGAGGCUGAGCCCCAGAAGGACACAGUGAGGGCGCUGGACCUGUCUUUGUGGAGCUCCCCCGAGGUUCUCCGGAAGGACUCGUCCUUGGAGCCCCAGCACAGCCUGCCCCUGACGCCGGGCAUGGGUCCGGGGAGCCUGCACAGUGUGGACAUCUCCUCCCCAGACUGGACAGACCCACUGCUGCAGGCUGAUGUGUCGGGGCUGCUUUGUUACCCGGGCAAGCCUGCCACAGGCCAGGCCCCGCUGUGGGCGGUGGCCCCUUCGGCUGAGAAGCACCAUGCGGAGAGGGCGGCCACGGAGAAGGACGUCGAAGACUUUAUCGUAACAUCUUUUGGUUCUCAAGAAUCGUUACCAUCCCCUUCUCAUGAGUUAGCGAGAAGAAGCGAUGGGAGCGGGAAACGUGAUGGCCCGGACACUGCUGUGAUGUUGACCCUGGGCUCAGAAGGAUCCGAGACUCCCACCACUGAUCGAGUAGCUGCCGCUGCUACGGUUCCUUUGUCUCGAAGGCUUGGGCAGUCGCCAGGAGCAAUGAAAGAGAAGGAAGUCAAUGCAAAGGAAAUGAAGGCUUUGCUGCAGAUGGUGUUUGAUGAGAGCCACCAGAUCCUGGCCUUGUCAGAAAGUCAGGACCCCUCUAGCGCACUGAGCAAGGGUGAACCACGUGACCCCCUAGAUGGCUUCCCAAGGGACAGCCAGGCCCUUUCGGAGGUGACAACUGACAGAGGAGAGAAGGAGUCUUUGGAAACACACCUUACGUGGAGUGAGGAGCUUCUGCGUGUCAUCCAAGAAGUGUUCGCCAGGGAGCAGGAGAAGGCUGAGCUGCAGCCUAGACCUCCUGGCUCAAACCUCGGAGACUGUAACUCCCUGGUCAAGAGGCUGGAGAAGGUUCUUCAAGAGCAGGGAGAUCUGCAGAAGGCCCAGGAGCACCUGUGCCUGCCAGACAGGAGCAGCCUGCUAGCCGAGAUCCAGGCCCUGCGCGCUCAGCUGCGCAUGACACACCUACAGAACCAAGAGAAGCUGCAGCAGUUGUGCGCAGCCUUGACGAGCACGGAGGCCCGAGGGAGCCAGCGGGAGCACCAGCUGCGGAGACAAGUUGAGCUAUUGGCGUACAAAGUGGAACAGGAAAAAUGCAUCGCGAGCGACCUGCAGAAAACCCUGAGCGAGGAGCAGGAGGCCGCAAGCGAGGUGCGUCAGCGUCUGACGGCGGAGCAGAGCGCCGUCCAGGACCUCAAGUCCGAGCUGCACGCCUGCAAGCAGGAGAACACCAGCCUGCUGGAGUCGCUGGACAAGGUGCAGCAGGAAGUCCUGCGGCUCAGGUAUGGCCAUGUGACGUGGUCCUACAGUGGAACUUCAUCUGCUUCGGCCGGCAGAGCUGUGCUGGACGGGAAGGAGAACGAGCUCAAGGUGGUGCUCGAGGAGCUGGAGUCCGAGCGGGGCAAGGGGCAGGCCCUCCAGGCCCAGCAGGAGGAGCAGCAGCUGCGGUUCCUGCAGAGGGAGGGCCAGAGCUCCAGGGCCCUGGAGGAGUUGAAAAUAUCUUUGGAGAAGCAGCUUGCUCAAAACAACCAGCUGUGCGUGGCUUUAAAACACGAGCGUGCGGCCAAGGACAACCUGCAGAAGGAGCUGCAGAUCGAGGCCUCGCGCUGCGAAGCCUUGCUGGCGCAGGAGAAGGGCCAGCUCUCCGAGCUGCAGAAGAGCCUGGAGGCCGAGCGGAGCCGCUCACUCGAGCUCUCGGAGGCGCUGCAGCACGAGCGCCUCCUGACGGAGCAGCUGAGCCGCAACGCGCAGGAGGCCUGCGCCCGCCAGGACACCCAAGCGCAGCACGCUCUGCUGCGGAAGCUGAAAGCCGAGAAGGCUCGCGCCUUGGAACUGGAGGCCAUGCUUGAAAAGGUGCAGAAGCAGGCUGCCCACACCCAGCAGCAGCUGGAGUCCCAGGCUCAGGAGCGCUGCGUAGAGCUCAGGAGGGAGAAGGAGGUAAGUGGAAACCUGCGGUCAGCCGUGGAUGCCCUGCGGAGCCACAAACAGGAGCUGGGAUGCUGUCUGGAGAGAGAGAGGGAGAAGGCAGCUUGGUUGCAGGCAGAAUUAGAACAGUUAUCCGCCCGAGUGAAAGAGCAAGACGCACGCAAGGACGCCAGGAGGAUGGAGAGGAGGUCGAGCCGCGCAGACCUGGACAAGCGGAAGUGGCAGAGAGACAAGGAGACGCUGCGAGAGUUGGAGAUACAGCGCCAGCGUGACGAACAUAAGAUCGAGCAGCUUCAGCGUGUGGUGAGGGAGCUGAGGUGGAAAGAGGAGGUGCCUGGGGGAAACGUCCCCUGCCGGGGAUCCCCCGGCCUGGCUUCCCUGGAGAGGGACCAGUUCCAGGAGCAGCAACAGGAACUGGAGAAGAUACGGCAGCAGCUACUGUGUGCAGCUGGGCUGCUCACAAGCUUCACCAACCACACAGUAGACAGGACAAUUAAAGAUUGGACGUCAUCAAAUGAGAAGGCGGUGUCAUCCUUAAUGCGCACGCUCGAGGAGCUGAAGUCUGAACUGAGCAUGCCCACCUCCUUUCAGAAAAAAAUGGCUGCAGAACUCCAGGUCCAGCUCAUGAAUGAACUGCUGAGCGACAACGACGCCCUCACGAAAGCUGUGGGCAUCGCCACCCGAGAGAAAGCGGAGCUGUGCAGGACCGUCUCCCGGCUCGAGAAGACCCUGAAGCACCACACGCAGAAGGGCUGCAUUCUUAACAGGCAAAGCAAGUCUUCAUUGAAGCAAGAUGGGACGGAUCUGCAGAGUUCUCUACGGCACUCAGACCCAGAUUGGCACUCGCAGACAAGUGGGGACACAAAUACCUGCAAUAUCAAAAUGGAAAAGCUGUACCUGCAUUACCUGAGGGCAGAGAGCUUUCGCAAAGCUCUGAUUUAUCAGAAGAAGUAUCUCUUACUGCUGAUUGGUGGGUUCCAGGACUCAGAGCAGGAAACGCUCUCCAUGAUCGCUCAUCUGGGGGUCUUUCCUUCCAAAGCAGACAAGAAAAUCACUACGUCACGUCCUUUCACCAAGUUCCGCACUGCUGUUCGGGUGGUCAUUGCAGUAUUGAGGUUGCGGUUUUUGGUUAAGAAGUGGCAGGAAGUGGAUCGGAAGGGAGCUCUGAUACACGGCAAAAGCACCCGCCACGGACAUCGAACCUCUCAGAGACAACGUUCCCCAUCAGGAGUCAGAGCAUCUCUGCCAACCCGAGACACUUCCUCCUCAGGGUACACCAAGGACUCUCGGCCCAGCCCCAGAUCUGGGGUAGCCAUCCUGCCAGGCAAGGAGAGAUCAACUUCAACACCAAGUUCAAAGCUAGAAAGAUCCCUGACUGCUUCUCAAGAUCCUGACCAUUCCUUGACAGAAUACAUUCAUCGUUUAGAAAUGAUCCAGCAAAGACUUGGGGGGUUGCCACCAGAUUCUACUCAGAAAUCCUGCCACCAGAAGAUUAAGCAAUGAAUAAAGUCCUUGUGGCUCUUAACCUUUGACAUUUCUGUUUGAGGAAAGAUGGUUUUUUUUCCUAAGGAAAGCCCAUGUUAUGGUCUGGAACACACACCUUGGGGGUGGUGACACCAGCCCCUAGGAACCACCGAGAGCUUCCACCUCCACACUCUGCUGAACGGAGGGAGCACGCCGCACUCCUCCCUCCCAGCGAGCCACGGCUGUGCUGGGUCCUGUGCCUGUCGACGGAGCUGCUUAUUUUCUUAGCGUGUCAGGAUGGGAAGGUCGGUGAAAACGAGCACAUAGGAAGGGAUGUAUUUUAAGGACUGUGCUUGGAUGGAUGGAUGGAUGGUCUUGUGUUGUUGUUGUUUGUUUGUUUUUUUAAAUCCAUUUGGUUUAUUCUUUUUUGUUGGCAAAACAAAUAAAAUUAUGUCAAACUUG